GAAUGUCUCUUUAAUUUAAUAAAAAUACAUAAUCUUAGAUGAAUUAGUUUUAUACUAUAUAUUGAACGUAUAAAUUAAAAUGUCUUUUAAGACAAAAGAUGUUGUUCUCUCUGAGGAUCGACCAAAAACUCUUCUAUUACAGAAACAUUCAGAUUUCCUGGCUAGUUACGGUGUAAAUAAGGAUGACUAUGAGUAUUGUAUGACAGAAUAUUUGCGUAUGUCUGGCAUAUAUUGGAGUCUUACUGCUAUGGAACUUAUGGACCAAUCUUCUAGAAUGCCCAAGGAAGAAAUAAUUGCAUUCAUUUCGUCAUGUCAAGACAGUGAGAGUGGAGGCCUUUCAGCUAGCAAUGGGCAUGAUCCACAUAUGCUGUAUACAUUGAGUGCUGUGCAGGUUUUAGCCAUGUAUGAUAGAUUGGAUGCAAUUGAUACUGAAGGAGUGGUACGAUUUGUGACUUCAAUGCAACAAGAAGAUGGAAGCUUUAUAGGAGACAAAUGGGGCGAAGUUGAUACAAGGUUCUCAUUCUGUGCUGUAAUGUGCCUCUCCUUGCUACAUCGACUUGAUGCCAUCAAUGUUAGCAAAGCAGUUGAUUUUGUAUUGAGUUGUAUGAACUUUGAUGGUGGAUUUGGAUCAAAACCAGGAUCUGAGAGUCAUGCUGGACUAAUCUACUGUUGUGUCGGCACUCUAUCAAUAUGCAAACGUAUGGAUGCCCUUAAAUGUGAUGAACUAGCUUGGUGGCUCUGUGAAAGGCAGUUGCCAAGUGGUGGACUUAAUGGCAGACCUGAAAAAUUGCCAGAUUUGUGUUACUCCUGGUGGGUAAUGUCAUCUUUAUCAAUGUUGAAUAGGAUACAUUGGGUAGACAAGAAAAAUUUAGAACAAUAUAUCCUUGCCUGCCAAGAUGCUGAAACAGGGGGAUUCAGUGAUAGGCCUGGUGACAUAACAGACCCCUUCCAUACAUUAUUUGGCCUAGCUGGGCUAUCUCUAUUGGGAAAUUCUAGUAUAAAGCGUGUUAAUCCUACAUACUGUAUGCCACAAGAAACUAUUGAUAGAUUAAAGUUAGAACCUCAGAUUUUAUAUGUUUAGCUUUAAAUAUAAAUUAUAAAUGAUGCUUUUAUAUACUAACUACAUUUGUAAGCUACAACAUAAUAUAAAUUCGUAAUCU